CUGGCGGACCGUGCGGCUGGUGAGAGAGGCUGCCCGCAGUGUGCUCCUCGCUGUGCCCUUGGCGGAGGAGAGGUCGGUGCCGCCGUGAUGGGCUGUCCGGAGGGCUCGGUGCUGGUGGCUGCGAUGCUGCUGUGCUGCCAGGGGUCCCAGGCUGGCUGGAGCUGCGGGGAUCUCCUGUGCGGGGACCGGGAGGGCUGCUGCGUCCUGGGCAAUGUGAGCCACACGGAGAUCCGCUGCUGCCAGCUGCCCUUCCACACCUUCCUGGACAACGUGGGCUGGUUCGUGCGGAAGCUGUCCGGGCUGCUCAUCCUGCUCGUCCUCUUCGCCAUCGGAUACUUCCUGCAGCGCAUGAUCUGCCCCCCCAGCCCGCGCAGGUACUCCCGCCAGCCGCCCAGGGGCCAGCGGGGGCCGGGGGGGCUGCUCAACGAGACCAGCUCGCAGGACUCCCUGAUAGACAGCGUCCGGAGACAGCACGAACUGCGGAUCAUCUCCCCCCCGGCCUUCCUGCAGCUGCCCAGCUACGAGGAGGUCAAGUACCUGCCCACCUAUGAGGAGUCCAUGGGACCCGGCAGCCAGCUCAUCCUGCCCGUCACACAGGUCCCCGUGUGUCCUGCGGGAGAGGAAGGGGCCACAGCAAACCAGACCCCCCACUGACACCCCAAAAUGAGGAGACACCUGCGAAGAACCCCAAGAUGAGGAGACACCUACAAAGAAACCC